AUGACUUUAGAUUCCGGAGAGUCUAGAGGACUUACCCGCGACGGGGACAUGUCUACAGAAAGUACCAAGCCAGACUGUGACAUAGCAGAAACAAUCCAGUCAACUGAGCACGUGUAUAUCUAUCGAAAAUCCAGCGCUACGAGCCGUUACGCCUUGCUCUUUACAAUAUUCAAUUGUUGCAUCGGGUCAGGGCUUCUUGCCAUUCCGAAGGUCGUCUCUGUUAGCGGCUUUGCUGUGGCUGCGUGCUAUGACGUGAUUGCGCUUACAUUUUGCACGUAUUGUUUUCUGCUCAUAACGGAGGUCAACUAUCACGGGAACUUUGCCAGUGCCCGGGAGCUCGCUAGGAAUCUUUAUGGCAAGGCUUUUAUGUGGAGCGUAGACAUCUCUGUGCUGGCCUGCAUUCUCCCUAUAACCUAUGUCUCUAUCUCGGCUGACUACAUCAGAACCUCGCUAAUAACCCUGGCAGGCCUCACCGUACUAGAGUCACAGAUGUGGAGUGUAACAUUUAAAGUCAUCAUUGGAGCGGCUAUCAUCUUCCCCCUGACGAUCCCCCGGUCCAUCAGUGCCCUCAACAUCGUCAGCUCUUUCGCUGUUGUCUUUGUUAUUUUUGCCUUUAUAGUACUCAAUGUCCGCUUCUUCGGUUGGUUUACCACUGGCAAUCUAAAUGGGCAGCACCACGCUGCGCCACCCGUUCCAUGGUUUCCUGAGUCAACUAACUACAUCGCAGACAUCAUAUCCUAUUAUACCAUCUUCUCCACACUGUACUCACUCCAUGCCUCUAUAACCCCGAUUCAGUUCGACAUCACGGGGUCUCCACGGUACAAAACGCGCAGCAUGAAGUUGACGAUCUUGAUCAUCCUCCCCAUAGUCACGGUUAUCUAUGCAGCUGCUGCCAUUGAGGGCUCUCUAAUGUUCAACAGAAACUGCCCGGAUCCUUCAGUUGUCGACUGUAUACCCGUGAACUCAAACAUCCUCCUCUCUUUCACUGGUGACACCGUCAUCUCCGUCGUCAUGUUCCUCUACUCCAUUGUGAUCCUAACGAGCUUUCCAGUUAUGCUUUACCCGAUCCGAGCAAAUAUUCUUGCAUGGUUCAAAAUCGACAAAUAUACCAGGCGCGGAUACGGAUUAUUUAUUUUGGUAGGUUUCAUAUUAACUGUAGUCUGUACUACUUUGGCAAUCCUCAUACCAAAUAUCGACAAGGUUCUCAGCAUCAUGGGGAACGUGUUUGGGGUCAUUAUUUUCCAACUAUUCCCGCUUAUGGUGGUCUACAAGCUUCCAUUACUCAAGAAGAAUUCUGUUGGUGACAUUCUGGAAGAAAAACUUAAAAGAGCACUUCAUGAGCAAUCUCUGGGAGCAAAGCAAAGCAACAUAGAUGGGGUCGAGUUCGGCUCUGCUCCUAUGAAAAAUGAGUCUGGUGACGAGAUAGAUGAGGAGAGCGGUAGCAAGAAAAAGAAACAACGGUUGCGAAAAACUAAGAAAGGCUCUGCUAAAUCUACCUCUGCGCUAAAAGAAAAUGAAAUAUCGAUUCGCUACAGGAUGCUAGAUUUGUCCAAGGCGCAUCAUAAGCCGCAUCUGUGUAUACGAGUUAUGUUCUACACCACCGCCGUCAUCCUUGUGCUCUUUAACGCUUCAGCAGCCGUCUGCGAGGUUGUGUUAUUGUUUCGCAAAACAUGA